CAGAGCAACAACAGACUAAUGCAGCGGCUCACAUUUGGUUUUGAGCGAAUGUUGUGCAUUAUGAAAUGUAGCUAAACACCUUAGGAGAGUUAUGCUAUUGAAAUGGUUCUUCUUGUGUAAAAACAUGCGCUUCAACUGCCUGCUUCCAAAAUGAAGAUGCGGCUCUAGAGAAAGCUACAAAUAUACUGUGUAUUUCUUGCAGCUAGCUAUGACUUAUUUCAUGUCCUCGCCACUGGUCUACAAGGGCAGGUUAUAUCUGUAUCAUACUAUUACAUCAAGUACAGCUAGAUUCAUCAAACUCAAACAUCAACAGCAAAGAACAGUAUUCCUCGCUUCAAGGCAAAGGGAUGUUCACGGUCUACGUCCAAGCCAAGACAGGACAGUCUGGUGGCCUGGGUUUCGAGGACUGUUCUGUAGAGGAGGAGUGGAGGACUCCAAGCAGCAGACGCUAGAGGACCUCACUAAGAACAUCAGAGGCGGACAGUACAAGAGGAUCAUAGUGAUGGCAGGGGCUGGGAUCAGCACACCUAGUGGGAUCCCAGACUUCAGGUCCCCUGGCAAUGGUCUCUAUGACCACGUCCAGCAGUAUAAUCUUCCUUACGCAGAAGCCAUCUUCGAGAUCAACUACUUCCAUCACAACCCCAACCCUUUCUUUGCCCUGGCCAAAGAGCUGUACCCAGGCAACUACCAACCCAACCUCACACACUUUUUCAUACGUCUCCUUCAUGACAAGGGCCAGCUCCUCAGAAUGUACACGCAGAAUAUCGACGGCCUGGAGAGACUGGCAGGAAUCCCCCCUGAGAAACUGGUGGAGGCACACGGCUCGUUUGCUACUGCUACCUGUACUGUGUGUCUCAGAGUCUACAAGGGGGAGGAGCUACGUCCUGAUAUUAUGAAGGGGACAGUCCCUAAAUGUCCCACUUGUAAGGGUGUGGUGAAGCCUGACAUUGUCUUCUUUGGGGAGGAACUACCUCCUCACUACUUCAGCUACCUGAAGGACUUUCCCCUGGCAGACCUCCUCAUUAUCAUGGGUACCUCUCUGGAGGUGGAGCCCUUUGCCAGUCUGGCCGGAGCUGUGAGGGACUCUGUCCCUCGUCUACUUAUCAACAGAGACCUGGUGGGGCCCUUCGCUUGGGGGACCCCGCGACACAAUGAUGUGGCCCAGCUAGGGGAUGUGGUCGGUGGUGUGCAGAUGCUGGCUGAUGUCCUGGGCUGGAACCACCAGCUGGAGGCUCUCAUGGCUGCCAAUGCUAAGAAGGCUACAGAGGAGGAGGAAUGAGACGGGUCAGUGUCUUUACGAUACUAUUCAGAAUGCCUCACCACCUCAGCCCACCCCAGUCCACCUGCAUCACCACUGCAGUCCACCUCAGUCCACCUGCCUCACCACUGCAGUCCACCUCAGCCCACCUGCAUCACCACUGCAGUCCACCUCAGCCCACCUGCCUCACCACUGCAGUCCACCUCAGUCCACCUGCAUCAUCACUGCAGUCCACCUCAGCCCACCUGCAUCACCACUGCAGUCCACCUCAGUCCACCUGCCUCACCGCUGCAGUCCACCUCAGUCCACCUGCCUCAUGGCUCAGGACUACAGCAGACUGUCUACUCAGCAGAGAAUCUAUCAUUGAAUGAACUCUCUUCAACAGACUUUGAUCCACACAACGGUCAAUCAGCACAACAGAGGCAACACUGGAGGAGGACAUUUAGGACAAAUUGGUAAUGUAUUGUGUUGGUUUAAUAGAUUAUAGUUAUUAGUUUUCUGUGAAAUGCGUAAAUAUCUUGAGAUAUUAUUUUAUGCUUUUUAAAUUCUGUCUCAUGUACAGUUUUUGCAGUAAAUAAUUAGCAUAAAGACCCGUACAGGGCUGGUGUUGUUGUCAAUGUCAUCGACCAGACCUGUUGACCAUGAUGUUGCUAAUGAUCUUGGCACUUUUGAAACCAAAUCAGCUCAUCUGUUUUGUCAGUCACAAGAGAUUACGCUGCUAAUAAAACUGAGCAACAAUUG